AUGUCAACAAAAGUGCCAAACAUUAGACUGAAAAUUGAUCCUCGGAAUCUGCAGAUCCAGACAUAUACAGUGGAGAAAUUACUGGAACCAUUGAUAAUUCAGGUUACCACACUGGUGAAUUGUCCACAGAAUCCUUCUAGUAAGAAAAAGGGCCGUUCCAAAAGAGCUCGUGUCUUGCUUGCUUCUGUGGAAGAAGCCACUUGGAAUCUGUUGGACAAGGGGGAAAAAAUUGCCAAGGAAGCAGUUAUUUUUAAAGAGGAACUUCAUGCAGCUCUUGCUGAUGUGCGGAAAGAGAGUSAGGCCUUGCAGGUGUCGGCAGAGGCAUUCACCAGUGAUCCCUGCUCCCUGCCCAGGAGGCAGGCUGUUGUCCCAGCAGCUCGCUCCCUGCUGGCAGCUGUCACCAGGCUCCUCAUUCUGGCCGACAUGGUGGAUGUGGCCUAUCUGCUGCAGCACUUGAAUGUGUUUCAAAGAACAUUUGAAUCUUUAAGAAAUGUAUCCAGUAAAUCUGAUCUACAGAAAACCUACCAAAAGUUUCGAAAAGAUCUGGAAAAUCUUGAUUAUUUGGCAUAUAAACGUCAGCAGGAUUUGAAAUCUAGCAAUCAGCGAGAUGAAAUUGCUGCAGCACGUGCAUCCCUGAAGGAAAAUUCUGCUUUCCUACAUUCAAUAUGUUCAGCUUGUUUGGAACAUUCAGACGUUGCAUCCCUUACAGCCAGCAAGGAUUCAAUUUGCAAUGAAAUACAGAAUGCUCUCAAUGUAAUUUCUAACGCCUCCCAAGGAGUUGGAAAUAAAAUGGAACAACCUACAUYUCGUACAGCUACUCUUGGAAGUGCACUUGAUGAGCUUGAGAAUUUAAUUGUGCAGGACCCUGUUGUAGUGAAUGAAGAGAAGCUGAGGCCAUCCCUGGAGAAGCGGCUGGAAGCCAUCAUCAGUGGGGCAGCCCUGCUGGCAGACUCGUCCUGCACACGGGACGCGCACCGCGAGCGCAUCAUCGCCGAGUGCACCGCCAUCCGCCAGGCCCUGCAGGAGCUGCUGGCCGAGUACCUGCGCAACACUGACAAGGCAGAGAGAAGCAAUGCCUUGGAUGUUGCCAUWGACAGUAUGUGCAAGAAGACCAGAGACCUCCGCAGACAGCUCCGCAAAGCCAUCAUAGAUCACAUCUCAGACUCCUUCUUAGACACCACCGUUCCACUGCUAGUUCUCAUUGAAGCUGCUAAAAAUGGAAGAGAGAAAGAAAUAAAGGAAUAUGCUGCAAUAUUUCGAGAACAUACCAGCAGGCUUGUGGAGGUUGCCAAUCUUGCUUGUUCAUUGUCAACAAAUGAAGAUGGAACAAAAAUUGUCCAAAUGGCAGCCAAUCACAUCGAGACUUUGUGCCCACAGGUUAUUAAUGCUGCUUUAGCUCUUGCUGCCAGACCAAAAAGUCAAGUUGUGAAAAAUAACAUGGAGAUGUAUAGGAGUGCAUGGGAGAGUCACAUCCGUGUUCUUACYGAAGCUGUGGAUGAUAUAACAAGUAUUGAUGAUUUCCUUGCUGUAUCAGAGAGCCACAUUCUGGAGGAUGUGAACAGGUGCAUCGUGGCGCUGAGGGAGCAGGACGCCGAGGGCCUGGACCGAGCCGCCGGCGCCAUCCGCGGCCGUGCCGCCAGGGUCGCUCACACCGUGGCGGGGGAGAUGGACAACUACGAGCCAGGGGCUUACACCCAGGGGGUCAUGAUGCAUGUGCAGCACCUGACCAAGGCUGUGAUUCCAGAGUUUAUUAAUCAAGUAAAUAUUGCGUUGGAGAGCAUAAGCAAGAACACAGUGCAUCUGUUUGAUGACAACCAGUUUGUGGACAUUUCCAAGAAGGUGUACGAUACCAUUCAUAACAUCAGGUGCUCAGUCAUGAUGAUCCGGACACCCGAGGAGCUGGAAGAUGUGUCUGACCUCGAGGAAGAACACGAUGCGCGCAGUCGUACAAGCGUUCAGACCGAAGGGAAGACUGACCGGGCCAAGAUGACUCAACUGCCAGAGGCUGAAAAGGAAAAGAUAGCUGAGCAAGUGGCUGACUUCAAAAAAGUCAAGAGUAAGCUUGAUGCAGAGAUUGAAAUAUGGGACGAUACCAGCAAYGACAUAAUUGUUCUGGCCAAGAGGAUGUGUGUGAUUAUGAUGGAGAUGACUGACUUCACAAGGUAA